UCCACGAUCGUUUGGUCGAGUCUUGUUCUGUCAGGUCAAAGUUCAGUCUGCGCGCUUACUCUCCGUCUUUGAGAACAAGGAACAGAGAAUUCUCUCUGUGAGCAAAUAUAAAGUGAAACUCAGACUGGUGUUUAGUUUGUUGAUGAUACAACUGUAUCCUUAACCAUAUCCAUGAAUAUCACCGGCUGUGUUUUCUAGGCGGUGAGUUUGCUAGUUUUUCGCUGUUGUGUCUGUUAGCAUUGCUAGCCUCGUUAGCCGCUUUGGUGGACUGAUGACCGAAUCCAGAGUUAAUUAGUCCAAUUUUGAAGCUAACAGGGGGAGACUAUUUUAAAGUGUGUCGCGGUAAAUCCAGGCGUGCAGCCAUGCAGGACCUACUGGCUAACGUGGACCACAUCAAGUUUGACCUGGAGAUCGCCGUGGAGCAACAGCAUGGAGCGCAGCCUCUUCCUUUCCCUGGCAUGGACAAAUCCGGUUCUGCUGUGUGCGAGUUCUUCAUGAGAGCAGCGUGUGUAAAAGGUGGGAUGUGUCCGUUUCGUCACAUCAGUGGAGAGAAGACAGUUGUCUGUAAGCACUGGCUGAGAGGACUGUGUAAAAAAGGGGACCAGUGCGAGUUUCUCCAUGAAUACGACAUGACCAAGAUGCCUGAAUGUUACUUCUACUCCAAGUUUGGUGAGUGUAGCAACAAGGAAUGUCCGUUCCUGCACAUCGAUCCAGAGUCUAAGAUAAAAGACUGUCCCUGGUAUGACAGAGGCUUCUGCAAACAUGGUCCUGACUGCAGACACAGGCACACGAGACGAGUGAUCUGUGUGAAUUAUCUGGUGGGAUUUUGUCCAGAAGGGAAAUCUUGUAAAUUUAUGCACCCUCGUUUUGAGUUACCAAUGGGAGCAUCUGAACAACCUCCUCUACCACAGCAGAACAUGAACCAAACCAAGCCUGUGCCCAUCCUCGGUCGGUCGUCGGUCUCUUUAAUUCAGUUGACCAACUCCAGUCCGGCCCAGCGGCAGCAGAAUCACUCAGGAGGUGUUUUUCCACAGAACAACAUGAUGGGCCAGAGAGGACCUCGUCCACUGGACCAGGUCACCUGCUACAAGUGUGGAGAGAAGGGCCACUAUGCCAACAAAUGCACAAAAGGUCACUUGGCCUUCCUCAGCGGUCAGUAACCUUCAGCUCAGCGGUCCAGACACCACAGCAGUUCCAUAGUCCACCCUCGAGGUGGAGCAGAGGAGACAGAACAGCAGCUCAGCUCCAAGGGGUGAUGUUAAAGACUGGUGCCAUUUACAGUGGGUUUCCUGAGAAGACUCUGAGGUCAUAACCUCUUCGUUUGUGGUUGAGUUAAAAAAAGAAAAAAAAGAAAGAAAAAAAACUGAACUGUGAAGAACCUUUGUGGCAUCAGCGAGAUGUCACAGCCAUGGUUAAGUCUUUUGUCUCAGUAGAUGCAACUCUGUAAAAUAUUGUUUGUAUACUCUUUUCCAGUUCAUGUGACCAUGCUGCAAAUCUGGUCAUUCUAAAUUUGUAUAAAAAAAAAAAGAAAGAAAAAAAUCUGAGCUGGGCAGGAAGUUCCUCUAAUGACAUUUCUACUUUAAACUACUGAAACCUUCAUCAAUUUAAGGUACACUGUAAAAGACAAACAUUUAUAUUCAACUUCUGUUUGAUUCAUCAUUAGUUUACUGCAGAUUUUACAUGGAUACACUUACCUGUAGGUAAAGGUGUUGUCUGUUAUUCUUUCAGGAACAUCAGAAAUGGUUCUUUAUCAGUUACAAAUUUAUGUUCAACAGUCACUAUACAAGGUGUAAAUAAAUGUUCAUGUUAAACUGACA